AUGGCAACUGCACAAUAUCGCGACUGGUACAUGCCAAGCCGCUCGCAUGCAUUUGAAUCCGCCGAGAUAGCCUUCCAAGAGGCAAAGGGCAUCUUUGAAAGAGAAGGUACCAAGGAUAUCAACAAGAAAAAUCGCUUGGAAAGCAUCAAUGCAACGACAUUGGACGACCUUAUCAGUGCGGUCAACCAAGCAAGGCAACAUUACAAUCAGGAUCGGACACAUUCAAAGAUGAGAAGACAUCUUGAGCAUGUCUCGGAAAGGAUACACUUCUAUGGGAAUAUCAUGGACGUCUUUGUGCAACAUCAUCCCGAGUAUGUUUGCUUAGCGUGGGGAACGAUGAAAUUGUUGAUUGGAGCUGUUGUGGAGCACAAAAAGACGGGCUCGGUAAUCGCAAAUAGCCUCCUCGAUAUCGCGGAUGCUCUCCCACGAGUUGAACUGGUCUCCAUCCUAUAUCCGACAGAAUCUCUUCGACGAAUGGUUGCUACACUCUACGCUUUCAUAAUAAAGUUUCUCCUUCGAGCACUCAAAUGGUAUGAAGAAGGAUCUUUCAAACGAGCAAUCCACGCUGUGACAAAACCGGCCGGCCUAUACUUGGAUGACAUUCUUGAAGAGAUGUCUCGCAUCACUAGUAGUAUCAUGGCCGAAGCAACGGCUGGCAGUCACGCCGAGCAGCGCGAUAUGCAUAACGAAGUUAUCGCUAUCCGCAAGACUGUCGAAGGGGCGGGCAAUACGAAUCAAGCGGAGCAUAAAGACCAGCGAAAGAUGUUACAAGAUCUUUUAGAUCUUGUGAAAGGAUUAAAGAUUGACGUGCAUUCUGGGCAAAUUGUUGCUCAGACUGAGCGAGCCCAGAUUUAUCGAACCAUCUGUGACGUGAAAUCAACUCAAGUGCUUCACGUGUUGUCUUCUCAGUGUCUCAUCGACUAUGAAGCGAGCUUACAGACAUCAAAAGGUCAACGUGAUCGACGAAGAUCCCUCAAGUCAACACCCUUUUGGAAGUCCCGUGAUCUCCAAACUUGGAAUAAGUCACCAAUCUCUUCCUUGUUCCUUCUAAAAGUCCGUAUUGCAGAUAGACAGUCUGCCCAGGAUUUCUGUACCAACGCCAUUCAGCAACUUUUAGAGGCCGGAAUUGCCAGCCUUUGGAUUCUCAAACCUCGUGAUGAAAGUUAUUCUUUCAUAGACGCUUUGAAGAGUCUCAUUCAGCAAGCUACGAUUUCAAUCAACCGCCUCAAUAGUGAAAAUGGCCCCGAGCUGGAUAUCAAUCGCUUUCUUCAUGCAAAUUCUGAAGAACACUACUGCGAUAUUCUUGCCGAGCUCCUCUCCUCACUCAAGGUUGUCUAUUUCAUCGUACAACUGGGCGCUAUAGAUUCAAACGAGAUAUCUCAAUUCUUAUCUUGCCUUCGGAAGGUGAUUCGACAGAUCUCUGAUCGUGGCGCACAAACGAUAGUGAGAAUCCUAGUGAUCAACUGGGCCCCUGGAUACAAUCUAGGAGAAACAGUGUCAAAUCAUGAGCGUCGCACUCGAUCCCAAAUUAUGAGAGUUCCCAAACGCAAGAAGCUUCGGCCUCCCAACCGGCCACUUUUGACUAGUGCAAUGUCAUGA